AUGUCUAGCCCGCCGUCCCGUCUGAAGAACAUUCUCGGCCACCUAGGCCUUUCAUCUUCGUCUGUUCCCAAAAACGAGGAGGUUCCGCCAGCUUAUCACCUCCAUCAGCUUUCCCCAACCUUUUUUCUUGAACGUGCUGCUUCCAUAGAACCAGAUGCGGAGGCCAUCGUUCACAUUACAUCAAACAACAAAUUGCUACGACGGACUUAUCGCGACUUUGCUGAACGAGCAACUGGACUUGCAUACUAUUUGAAGAAGCAUAGCUUCAAGAGGGUUGGUAUUCUGGCUCCCAACACUCCGGCUUUCCUAGAGAGCAUAUUUGGUAUUGCUCUGGCCGGCGGAGUCAACGUUGGCGUCAACUACAGACUGAAGCAGGAUGACAUCACUUACAUUUUCAACUUUGCCGAAGUUGACUCAAUCAUUGUCGAUGCGGAGUUCGUUCAUCUGCUUGAUGAUUUCCGGCAAAAGUACCCAACCAUCCCACUAAUCGUUGACACCGACACCGACGCCGUAGAAGGCGAACUGAGUGGACCCUUUGAUGAAGCCAUUUUGGAAGGCCUGCAGUAUGACAAAACCCAAGGCAACAAGCGAUUCGCCGGGCUCCAGUCCCACUGUGAAAAUGACAACGACAUGCUUGCUAUUCCUUUCACUUCUGGGACAACAUCCCGUCCGAAGGGCGUUGUAUAUACUCAUCGAGGGGCUUACCUCGCAGCGUUAGGAAACGUGAUCGAGUCGGGGCUUAACUCGCUUGAUGGACGGCGCUGUAGAUACCUGUGGACAUUGCCAUUGUUCCACGCGUGUGGAUGGACCUUUCCUUGGGCGGUGACGAUGGUCCGAGGAACGCACUAUACUCUGAGGAAGAUUGACUAUCCUCUCAUCUGGAAGCUCUUGAUAGAAGAGGAAAUCAGCCAUUUCAACGCCGCCCCAACUGUCAACACUCUUCUGUGCUCUGCGAAUGAGGCAACGAAACUGCCCAAUCCUUGCCGCGUCACAGUUGCCGCAAGUCCACCGAGCGGUCACUUGUUCGAGCAGAUGACGAAUCUCAACCUGAUCCCAGUUCAUGUAUACGGAAUGACCGAGACUUACGGACCUAUCACAAAAGGCUACUACAUGCCAUCCUGGGACAACCUGGCCCCCAGCGAGAAGUACGCUAAAAUGGCUCGUCAAGGCCAUGGCUUUUUGACAAGUCUGCCCAUUCGUGUGAUCAAAACAGACCAACCGGAGGGCGUCCUUAUUGAUGUAGCCAAAAACGGAAAGGAGAUUGGCGAGAUCAUCUUCAAAGGUAAUAUAUGCUGUAAGGAGUACUACAAAGACCCCGAAGCAACUAGAUUGCUGUUUGCUGGAGGAGCUUUGCACUCGGGCGAUCUCGCAGUGAUGCACGAAGACGGGGCGGCGCAGAUUCUUGAUCGGGCCAAGGACAUCAUUAUCUCAGGAGGCGAAAAUAUCUCGUCAGUAUCCCUCGAAGGCAUGCUUGUCCAGCACCCCGAUCUGCUUGAGGCUGCUGUCGUAGCCAUUCCUGAUAGUCACUGGGGUGAGCGUCCUAAAGCCUACGUGACGGUCAAGGAAGGUAAGAGCCUACAGCCGGAAGAUCUGAUUUCGUGGGCGAAACACCAGAGCAACAUCAGCAAGUUCAUGGUGCCGCGCGAGGUCGAAGUUGUCGAUGAACUCCCUAAGACUAGCACUGGCAAGCUGAAGAAGAAUGUCUUGAGAGAAUGGGCGAAACAUGGGCGUAAGGAAUAA